UUUUGAACAUUGGGGACAUUCCUGAACGUGCCUUUUUCUAAUCUGGUUAUUUGCAAUUGAUAAGUUCAUCAAAAAUGUCUGAUAAUAAAUAUCGCCAAAGUUUGGAAUUGAAAAAUAUGAACCGUCAGAAUUCCUGGACUCGUCGUACCGUUCGCUCGGUGUCGAAUGGGGAUCAGCUGGACUUUUUGGAUUUCCCUAAUGCAAAAUCUGCAGAUACCUCGCCGCAAUCGCCUAAAAGGAAACAAUCUGCCACCCUUUCGCCACAAGAUCGACGUCGUGAGUCGAAAGCUUCUAGUGUCUCCAAGCAUAGUAUGACUAGUGGGAAAAGUGGUAAAAGUGGUAAAAGCCGUAGUUCCAGUAUUGCUAGCAAAAGGAAAUUGAAAUAUACAGCGUCAUUUUUUCGACGGAAGCGCGCAGAAUAUGAGGAUGACGAUGAUGCAACAACAUCUGGAGUUACUCUCGAUGACACAGAGAAACGGACGAUAUUUUUGAAUAAACCGCAAAUACAAAAGUUCUGCAAUAAUCACAUAUCAACAGCGAAAUAUAGUAUAAUAAGCUUUCUACCGUCAUUUCUUUUCGAGCAAUUUCGACGAUACUCCAACUGUUUUUUCCUUUUGAUUGCUCUAUUACAACAAAUUCCCGAUGUAUCCCCGACAGGACGUUAUACAACAUUAGUACCAUUAAUUUUUAUAUUAUCUGUAAGCGCAAUUAAAGAAAUAGUGGAAGAUAUUAAACGGCAUCGAGCAGAUGAUGAAAUCAAUCACAGAGAAGUUGAUGUUCUUAAAGAUGGCGUUUGGUCAUCAGUCAAGUGGCAACAGCUAAGUGUAGGCGAUAUUGUAAAAGUACCUAAUAAUACAUUUUUUCCUGCCGAUCUUGUACAGCUUUCAUCCAGUGAGCCUCAAGGAAUGUCUUUUAUUGAGACCGCAAAUUUAGAUGGGGAGACAAAUCUUAAAAUACGUCAAGGUGUACCUUCUACAGCCAAAUUAAUUGAAACAAAAGAUGUCAGCUUAUUGGCCGGUGUGUUAGAAUGUGAACUACCAAACAGACAUCUGUAUGAAUUCAAUGGAGUUCUUAAGGAAGAAGACAAAUCGUCCGUUGCGCUUGGACCAGAUCAAUUGCUUCUGCGUGGUGCGAUUUUACGAAACACUUCAUGGGUAUUCGGAAUCGUUGUCUACACCGGGCAUGAUUCAAAACUUAUGAGAAAUUCUACCUCAGCGCCCUUGAAGCGUUCAACCGUUGACAGACUGACCAACACGCAAAUUUUGAUGUUAUUUUUAAUACUUAUUGUUUUAUGCCUUGUUAGUGCCAUUUUCAAUGAAGUGUGGAUACAAUCACACUUCCGAAGUGAUUGGUACUUGGGUAUUGAUGAUGUGCUGAGCAAAAAUUUCGGAUACAAUCUUCUGACGUUUAUUAUUUUGUACAAUAAUUUGAUCCCAAUAUCAUUGCAAGUUACAUUGGAACUAGUAAGGUUUUUACAGGCUAUUUUUAUAAAUUUUGAUGUUGAAAUGUAUCAUGCGGAAUCGGACACCCCUGCAAUGGCGAGAACAUCAAAUUUAAAUGAAGAGCUUGGUAUGGUGAAGUACAUUUUCACGGACAAAACAGGAACCCUAACGCGAAAUAUAAUGGAAUUCAAAAAAUGUUCUAUCGCUAGGCUAAUGUACUCUGUCGAAGAUACACCAGAACAAUCAGCACUAGUACAGAAUAUACUCAACAAUCAUCAGACCGCUCCAGUCAUAAUCGAGUUCAUGACACUACUUGCUGUGUGUCAUACAGUAAUCCCAGAACGGCUAGAAGACACCAUAGCCUAUCAUGCUGCAAGUCCUGAUGAACGAGCCCUUGUCGAUGGAGCAAAACGAUUUGGUUAUAUUUUCGACACAAGAACACCUUCUUACGUUGAAAUCGAUGCACUAGGAAAGCGGGAACGUUACGAAAUUUUGAACGUUCUUGAAUUUACGUCAGCUCGCAAAAGGAUGUCUGUUAUAAUUCGAACGGCAAGCGGCGAAAUUAAGUUAUACUGUAAAGGAGCAGAUACAGUGAUUUAUGAAAGAUUGGCGCCGGAUGGUCAAGCUUAUCGUGAAGCUACAUUACGUCAUUUGGAAGAGUUCGCUUCAGAAGGUUUACGAACGUUAUGCUUAGCGGUUGCCACCAUACCUGAGGAUGUUUACAAUGAAUGGAAAGAAACUUAUCAUAAAGCGUCGACGGCACUGCAAUACCGAGAACGUAAAGUUGAAGAUGCAGCUAAUCUUAUUGAAAACAAUCUUAUGUUACUUGGUGCCACUGCAAUUGAGGAUAAACUACAAGAAGGUGUACCUGACACUAUAGCUGCCUUACUCAAAGCCGAUAUUUAUAUUUGGGUAUUGACCGGCGAUAAACAAGAGACUGCUAUAAAUAUUGGCUAUUCAUGUAAACUAAUUAGUCAAACUAUGGAUUUGCUUAUUUUAAAUGAGGAUAGCUUAGAUAAUACUCGUGAAUGUAUACACAAACAUUGCGGUGAUUUCCGGGACCAGUUCGCGAAAGAGAGCAACGUGGCACUUAUAAUAGAUGGAAAGACCUUGAAAUACGCCCUCAGUUGUGAUUUGCGUAGAGAUUUCUUAGAAUUGUGCACAGCUUGCAGGGUUGUAAUAUGUUGUCGGGUGUCACCAAUGCAAAAGGCUGAGGUUGUGGAUUUGGUAACAACGAACACAAAAAGUGUAACACUGGCAAUUGGAGAUGGAGCCAAUGAUGUGGCAAUGAUUCAGAAAGCGCAUGUAGGCGUUGGUAUCUCAGGUGUGGAAGGACUUCAAGCUGCAUGUGCAUCCGAUUAUUCGAUUGGACAAUUUAGAUUCUUACUACGGUUAUUACUGGUUCACGGGGCGUGGAACUAUAGCCGCAUGUGUAAAUUAAUUCUUUAUAGCUUCUACAAAAACGUAUGCCUGUAUGUGAUAGAAUUAUGGUUUGCAAUUUAUUCAGGAUGGUCCGGCCAAAUUUUAUUCGAACGAUGGACGAUUGGUCUAUACAACGUGGUUUUUACAGCAUUGCCGCCAUUCGCAAUGGGUCUAUUUGACAAAGUUUGUUCGGCUGAAACAAUGUUAAAAUAUCCGGCACUUUACAAACCUUCACAAAGUGCAAAACUAUUCAACGUCAAGGUGUUUUGGGUAUGGAUAAUAAAUGCUCUUAUACACUCGGUGUUGCUGUUUUGGCUACCAAUGUUGGCAUACAAGAAUGAGACCAUAUGGGGCAGUGGGAGAACAGGUGGAUUUUUGGUUUUAGGGAAUAUCGUUUACACUUAUGUGGUCAUAACAGUGUGUUUGAAAGCUGGUUUAAUUACAAAUUCGUGGACAUGGUUAACACAUUGUUCUAUUUGGGGCUCAAUUGCCUUAUGGUUCAUAUUUAUUGCAGUUUAUAGCAAUAUCUGGCCAACAUUACCGUUCGCUGCAAUUUUUUCGGGAAUGGAUAAAAUAUUGUUUUCGUCACCAUUGUUCUGGCUGGGCCUGAUCAUAAUACCUGUUGCGACACUACUGCUGGAUGUUUUGGUUAAAAUAGUGGAAAAUACUGUGUUCAAAUCGCUUACGGAAGCAGUACGUGAGACGGAAGUGCAGAAACAAGACCCGGAUCAAGUGAUGAGAGAAUCGAGAUCUUCUAUAAAAGUGACCAGUCCACUGGUAGCUUCAGAUGUGUCGAAGUGAAGCCCCAAAGAUUUAGAGUAUUUGUUUGCAAGACACAAUUGCAAAACAGCAAAUUCAAACUCAAAAAAUGAAAAAAAAAAAUAUGCAGGAAGAAAAAAAAAACAGAAAGAAGGAAAGGAUCAAAGACGUGAUAUAGCUUGGUUGUUAGAUUAAAAAGUCAAUGUUGAUAUAUCGUUUGUUCAAAUAUUUUAAUUUUUAAUUGUAAGUAAUUUUCAUGCAUAAAUUAUUGAUAGUUGUAAAUAGAUAUUCUUUGGAAGUGAAAGAGAUAAGAAGAUAAUGUAAUUAAAAAGUGAACAUAGUAUUAGAAAAUUUAGUGAGUGGACCAUUUCACCGUGAAUAUGCAUUUUAUUCUCACUCACUUCAUGAAAGCUAAGAAGUUGGACGAUUGACCUGCAUACGAGUGUUUUCCCCAAAAAAGCCUUUUACACACUAUUUCACCAGUUUGAUGCGAGAGUGCUACUUCGGUGUAGAAUUUCAUGACAAAGAAAUUGAUUGAUCAUUGUUAUUCCUGGCAAAACGAGUUUAAACAGCAAUUUCUCUCUAAAAGUUCGGAGUCAAAUAAUCUUAAAUAUUCGCGACAAAGAGUGUGAUUGCAAAUAUUUAUGCUUUCUUAGUUUUAAGCCAAAAUGUGCUUCACUGUUUUGCAUUGUUUUGGGAUUGAGUUAUCCAAAUUGGCGUUGCGUGUCAGAAUCUGUUGUUUUGGGAUAGAUGCUAUAGAUUUACUAGCCGAAUCCGGUGUAAGUUUGUGCCUUUCUAUUUGAAGUAUUUUUAUAAUCUCAUUAGGUUAUACAGUAUGAUUACCACAAAUGCGUAAAAAUAUGAUUCGUUUAGUGUCCUAAUAUAGCUGCGUGCGGAGAGUUGCCACUGCGAUAUAAGAGUUCUUUUAUUAUUUUUCUUCUGGAAUUCACUUCCAUAUCGCAUGUUGAAGUUAUUCUUCGCUUCAUUAGAACACAUUCACAUAUUUUCACAAUCACACUAGCAUGGACUGAGCCUUAAAAUGAAUUUCUGAUUCGAAAAUUUUACUUUGAUUCAAGACUGCAAACUUGGUAUCUUUGGAUAGUAUUUACCCCUAUACUUGACUAUCUUUUGCAGUGAGAUUUGUUUCUCCUACGCUUCGAUUUACGUAACUGGACUAUUUUGACGUCCUAUUCUGAUUUCUUCCGCGUUGCCUAAUAUAUUUCAGUCAUUAUAUUAGCGGGAAUAUUUUUUUCUUCUUCACAUAUUUCUUUCAAUCUGCUGCACAUAUUCACUUUACUACUCAAAAACUGCAUUUUUUCCUUGGACUAUUUCUAACUUUUUAUUCACGUCUUUAUAAAUUAAUAGCUAAAUUCUGAUAGGAUUUCGUAUCUUUGAUAAGAAUGAGUUGCAAAGUCAGGGCAAAGCUAUGCAAUCAAUGUAGUUAUAUGGUUGCUAAAUCGUAUAAAAAGUGCCACCUGUUUUACGGUGCGCAUCGCGCGACAGACAACCUUGGAAGGUUCUUACUUCUACGCUAAGCGACGUUCUGUGUGCUAGUGACGUGAUUUCAACGACAAAAUAGCAAUAUUUAUGCUGAUAGAGGAAGCGUGAACUCAACUACCGCGCAACUACCUGCGUGCACGACACUGUUACGACAAUCGUGAAUUGUAUAUAUACAUAUGCAUUCAUAAUUUGACAUAAAAGCUAGAACCUUAGAAAAUGGUACGCCGCACCAUGUGCCUGUAUUAUGAUAUAUCAGUUGCCAAAUGUUAAACUCUUUAGUCGUUUUACACUAAAUGCCUUGUACUAAGUAGCACUUCACUAUAUGCAUAGCAGAAGCGACCUAAUACAAUAGCGAAAUUAUACUGGCCCUUAGAGAAAAAGCUAACUUAUGUUGUGUUGGCAUCGUAGGAACAAAAAUUGAAAUACAUGGAUUUACCUUGUUUGUGGUAAGGUUCAAAAGUAAGAGACGGAGAUGCAAUUUUCAGGUAAUAGCUAUUCUAGCUUAGACAUUAACCGUUUCAUUGAAAUAACGUGGACAUUGUUUUGCAUGAUUAGUAAAAUACGUUUUCAAGAACCAUGGUUGCAAUCAUCAGUAUUUUAAUUUUACAUUUUACCAAAACGAUUUCGGAAAAUAGUUCGCAUUUUAUAGCAGAAAAGCGCCGGGAACGCCCCUCAAAAGCACUGCAGCAAAGUGGUUUUAUCUCAUGAUGACUAGACUACAGACUAGACUAAAGGUGAUGCACUCUUAAAUUAAAGUAAUCAGGCUGGGUGAGAUAAAAUUCCUAAACUGGAUUAUUGAAAAUACAAUAAACAUUAUUUCAUUCAUGCAUUAAUCGCCGCGAACUUAGAAAGUGUGUUGUUUAAUUUAUACUGAAUAAAGUAAGUUUUUUGAUUUUA